ACCGGCGGCCGGCCAAUCAGCUGUUUAGCUUUGUCGUGCCGCCAAGCUCAUUUCCAGUCCGUGUGCACGCGGAAGCUGCGGGUACCGACUGGCCGCCAGGAUAGAGCGCGAUUAUUCCGGGCCCGUGCGAAUUACGGUCGGCCGUUCGCGUUAAGAGGAAACGUCGAAUCGCCGCCGUUGACAGCCGGGAUCGGUUGCGCGACGCCACGCGAAUCGCAAACCGUCGCAAAUGCUUUUAUAUGCGGGGUCGCCAUUUUGGUGAUACGGCGAGCCGACGUGCCGAGCGGAGCGUAGGCCCUAUGAUCUUUUUAUUUCCCUUUCCUGCACGGCCCAUCCGCGGAAUCGUCCUCAGCCGAUCGACGGCCCAAUAACGCCGGAUCAUGACACAGCAAAAUAAAACGAUGAACUUCUUAAUACACGACGCUAACGGACACCCACAAGUGAUAAAAGUAGUGCAAAGUACACCUAAUAAAACACUAGGUAGUAUUGUUAGCACGACAAAUGCAGGUGGCCUUAAGGUGUUUAAAACUCCUAAUCAAGAAUCACAGGUAUUGACAUCAAAUGCACAAGUUCUUAGGACUAUCAGUUUGCAAAGUCCAUCUACACCAGGUCAAAGAUUAGUUACAAUACCUUUGCAAAAUACUAAAAUGGCAACAUCAAAAGCAGGGGAACCUAUGAUGACCAAGACUAUACAGUUGACCUCUGCACAGAUGAGUGACAUAAAACAGGCUCUUGUGUCCCAACAACAACAGCAGCAACAACAGCAACAGCAAUCUAAUACUUCGCAACUCGUUAAGGAUGCCACUGGAAAAACCUUUAUCAGCCCAAUUCUGGAUCACAGUGGGUCUAGGAAAAGGCAGGAUGUUGAAAGUGGCGAUUUUGUGCCUGACAAACGGAGAAAAACGGAAAAAGUUGGCAAAGGAUUAAGACAUUUCUCAAUGAAAGUAUGUGAGAAAGUAAAGAAAAAAGGUACCACUUCUUAUAAUGAAGUAGCGGAUGAAUUGGUCGGCGAAUUCACUAAUCCUGCUCACAUGAAUUCUCUGACAGAUCAGCAAUAUGAUCAGAAAAAUAUCAGAAGACGUGUAUACGACGCUUUGAAUGUAUUAAUGGCAAUGAAUAUCAUUUCCAAAGAGAAAAAGGAGAUUAGGUGGCUUGGCCUGCCAACCAAUUCAUUACAGGAAUGUGUAGCGUUAGAAAAGGAUAAGAAGAAAAAGAUUGAGAGAAUUAAGGCUAAAACGCAGCAGUUACAUCAACUUAUUCUCUCUCACAUUUCUUUUAAGAAUUUAGUUGAACGUAAUCGUUUGCAUGAGAGUCUUCGCGGGCCGCCGAAACCUAAUUCUGCCAUACAGCUGCCAUUCCUCAUUGUGAAUACCAGUAAAAAGACUGUCAUAGACUGCAGCAUUUCAAAUGACAAAACUGAGUACCUGUUUAAUUUUAAUGAUAAGUUUGAAAUUCAUGAUGAUAUUGAAGUUUUAAAGCAAAUGGGUCUAGCUUUUGGAUUAGAGAAAAGGGAAUGCAAUGAGGAAAAUUUACAGAAAGCAAAAUUAAUGGUUCCAAAAUCACUCGAGAAAUAUGUAGAACAGUUGGCAUCAGGGGAUCUAGAAAAGUUUAUUCCAGUAAGUAUUCCUGGUCCAAGUACGUCGAUGGAAGAUUUAGACAUCAAAUUGGAAGGUUCUCGACCACCAUCGUCUUCACAUACUUCAUUGUCAGAAGAUCCCUUAUCACCACCAUCUCAGUACUAUUCGGAAGAGGAGGAUGAUGACGAAGAAAGCGAUCAGGACGAUCAAGCUGAUAGUGACCUGGAAGUUAACUAGCACCCCGAAUAACUUUUCAAUGGCUAGACUCAGGGAUACUCGCCACUAUCUUCAGCAAUGUCAACGUUAAUAAUAUCGCCGCUGUUGCCAACAUCGUUUUCACCCCGAUCACCAAUUUUUAACACACAUCGAACAAGGAUAAAGGGAUUAAUUGUCGCGAGUGAAAAGUAAAUCAGUUGAAGUAAAUGAGAAUGGUUAAAAGGAAUAUAUGUUGAUUGGGGCCAAGGAGAGAACGUAGCAAUUAAUUGGGCUGAGUGAAUUGGCAAAUCUAUAAGUGGCUCUUUUUUCGUAUCAAAUAAUAAAAUAGUUCGAUGCACGCGCAUGGAGUGAUCGGAACAGAUGCAGAAUGACUGAAAUAAUGGGGUGCUAUAUUUUAACUGUGCAUCGUCAUACAAGUUUAUAUGACUCUAGCAUCUAUGUAUUAUAAAAUAUAAUCUUACAGUAUCAAUAUUAUUAUGUGUACAAGACAUAUUGACCAGUACUCAUUUUCUUAUGGCACGUUUAUAAUAACACUUGUCUGUGGUACGCAGUAAAAUGACGUAUGAUAGAUGCAGGCACACAUCUGACUCGAAUUAAAAAUAUAAAUAAAUUGUAAUAAUGUUAUAAUAUGAAGUUUGUAGUUUGUGGUUAGUCUUUCGAGAAGAAAGGAUAUGUAAUAACACACUAUGUAAGAGUUUGCAGUAGUUUUAUACAGCAAACUUAAAAAUGAAACAUUUUUCAU